GCUGCAAAAUCUCUGAAGUAAUCAUUGCGAAGCCCAUACUCUCGUCACGUCAACCAAAUCCAAUCAACCAAAGAUGGGCCUCAGCCCCUCAAAGCGCGUGGACGCGGCGCUCCGGCGGGCGCCGGCGUUCGCCGCCGCCUGCGACGCCGCCUUCGACCGCUGCCUCGCCGACGCCCAGCACGCCUUCUCCGGCGUCCGCCCCUACCAGCUUGCGGACGCGUCCGAGCACCUCCACUCGGCCCUGCGGGGCUCCCUCCCUAUCGUCCGCCGCUGGGUGCCCUCGCCGCCGCCGCGCGUGCGCGUAGACUCUGCGCUGCGCGCCUCUGGCUUGGAAGGCGCUGCCGAGCUCUCGCGGGAUCAGUUCGGGGAGUUCGCGGCCGAGCUGUUCAGGGAGGCCGUGCUCGCCGGCGCGGCAGAGGCGGCGCUCGUCCGUGCCCCGGCCGGCGCGGCCGGGAUCCUCGGGGUGGCCAUCGUGUCCCGCGCCGGCGCCGGGGCGGCUGGGAAGUUGGUCGCUGUCUACACCGCCGGCGUCGCCGCUGCUGUUUACCUCAGCUUGGGCUAGGCCUUUGUUAAGUUGUAAAUCAGCACAAUAAACUGCUUGUACUACUCCGAUGUAAUCUGAAGAGAUGUUUCUUGCGUAGUAUGGUCAGUAUAAAUACAAGAGAGAUUAGCAACAACAGGAGUGCCUAGGCUUGAAGGGAGGUGAUCAAGGUUUCAAGUAGGGUUUGGUUUUCAGGUUUAGCCCUAAACUUCAGAAUCUCCAGGUCUUAAGUUAGUCCUCUCUUCCAGCUCAACAAAGUGAGUGCCACCGUAUCAAAGUGACGUCUGUUUCUCUGCUUUCAUAUGUUCCAGGCUGCCAGGAUCGCAACUUCUUUGAACAUGGCCUCAUGCCAGCUUCUAGUCGCCAUGGCCAUCACUCCUGCAUACCUCUGGAGGUGUCCCAAUGAAUAUUCAAGAUCCCCCAGCAUGAAGCACUGAGCUCACGUUCGGAGAAUAAGUGAGUGUUAGUUUCAACAGGUUAGUUGGAGCAUAGCAAGCAUGAGUGAUCAUCACCAAUGUUGAAGUGCCUCCUGCAGAGAAGAUCCCUUGUUUUAACUCCAUCCAUGAACAUCAACCAGGCAAAAACCUUGUGCUUCAUCGUA